AUGAUUCUGCCAGAGUGGGGCGUAGAACGUGGGGGAAAGCAUGAUGAAGGCCCAGCAACACGAAACUGUGUGGCGCUGCACAACCACCGCUUCUUCUCCGGCAUGGUCACUUCGGGGGCUGCCGCUUGGCUCCUGGCGGCCGUUGCCGUGGCCAUGGGCCUUGAGCCCCAAGCUUUGCUGCACCAGCCAACCUGGCCCAUGCUGCUGGCGGUGGCCUUCAUC